GCUAGAGAGACAGACAUCACUGAUGUGCCAGGGCUGGUCUAAUAGAGGCGGUUUAGGAACGACAUUAACAGUGACAAACAAAAAGAUGAUGCAUUUUUUAAGAUUCUGGAUCGUUUUCACAUUUUUACCAAAACACUUCUCCUGUACAGAAUUUCCAGCAAGUGCCACGGCUCCAGGAGACUUUAUAAUUGGGGGGAUUUUCCCAAUACACGAAAGUGUUCAAAAUGAUAAUGCCGCUGGUGAAGAACAGGUCCUCUGCAACAGGUAUAUUUGUGUGUAACUGGGUCAUAUAGGUUGAGUGUUUCUCGGCUGGCUCAGUCAUUGAUGAUGGUGCACGCCGUGGAGGAGGUGAAUCAGAGGCGUGAGCUGGGGAACCUCACUCUGGGAUAUCACAUAGUGGAGUCCUGCGGUGAUGUUACCACUGCCCUGAAAAACACUCAGUCCUUCAUGACGGGGAACUGGAUCACCAAUGCAGACAGUGGCCAGCAGCCCUCCCCACCUGUACUGGCUGUCAUAGGAGGUUACUACUCAGAGAUAUCCAUAGCCGUUACUAGGCAACUCAACCUGGAGAGCAUCCCUCAGAUAAGUUAUGGUUCAACCUCUGGACUCCUGAGUGAUAAAACCCGUUUCCCGAGUUUUAUGAGGACCGUACCCGAGGACGAUCACCAAGCACGUGCCAUUGUUGAGUUUCUAAAAAGUCACAACUGGACUUGGGUUGGUGUAGUGACAACCGAUGGUGAAUAUGGUCGCUACGCAGUUGAGCGGCUCCGCCAACACGCAACCGCGAAUGGCAUCUGCUUUGCCUUUACUUCUAUUCUGCCAGAUUUUCUUAAUGAUGGGAGGCUCAAAAGCAGCAUCAUGUCUACAAUCAAUACGAUCAUUCAAAAUGAAAAUGUCAAAGUCAUUGUGUCCUUUGCAAAAUCCAACCACAUGAUGUAUAUUUUAAACGACCUUCUCAAAGAUUCCCGAGGCAGAGGGAAAGUUUGGGUGGCCAGUGAUAACUGGUCACAGUCAAAUAAUGUGCUUGAUACUACAACUUGGAAGUUGAGUGAUGUAGGAACAGUCUUUGGAACCACUCUUAAAUCUGGAAACUCAUCCAAGUUUGAGAGGUUUCUCCAAAAUCUAGAUCCCAACCAACACAAAAACAAUUCAUUCUUGACUAAUUACUUAAAGAGCAAAAAGGACUCUGCAAGUGGAUCAAGUUCAUCUGUCGACUCCAGGAACACAGCCAUUGAGGAAUUAAUCAACGCGACAUAUCCAUAUGCUGUGUUCAGUAUUGAGUUGGCAGUUAAAGCAAUCACUCAGGCGCUAAAAGAUGUCUGCUCCAACAAGACCUGCAACUCAUCCACAUUACAACCCUUGGAGUUCCGAAAAGCCUUACAAAAUGCAAACUUCUCCAUGGAUGGGAGAAACUAUUCAUUUGAUAAGUACGGUGACCUCAGCUCAGGAUACGAUGUCCUUCUAUGGAAGCAGACUUCACCAUCUUCUCUGGACAUGAACAACAUUAUUGGUUAUUAUUCCAUAGAAGGUCAAACCCUGACUUUGAACUCAGAUGAAAAACAAGAAUUGUAUCGUCUCACAGACGGAAUGAUUUCCAAGUGCUCAAAGAGUUGUGCCCCGGGCCAAAGGAAGCAUUCUGCUGAAGGCCAGCCUGUUUGCUGCUAUGAGUGCUACAAAUGUCCGAAAAACUACUUUUCUAACACCACUGAUUCCGAAAUCUGUCAUCCGUGUGAUACUAAAACCCAUUACUCCGGGGAGGGUAGUUCUAUAUGUUUGGACAAAAAAAUUGUCUUCAUGGCAUGGAAAGAUGCAUACCACAUUGCCCUGCUCUUCUUCGCUGCGCUAGGAGCUCUGCUUACUGUCGUUGUUGGGAUCAUCUACCUGGCAUGCUGGAACACCCCUAUUGUACGCUCAUCUGUGAACCAUAUCUGCAUCCUCCUCCUCUUCUCUCUUCUGUGCACAUUUGUCAGUGUAGUAUUAUUUGGUGGGAAGCCAAAAGAUCAGCAGUGCCAAGCACGGCAAGUGCUGUUUGGCUUGAGUUUCACACUCUCUGUCUCCUGCAUCUUGGUCAAGUCAUUUAAAAUCAUCUUGGCCUUCGAGUUUGACCCCAUUACACAAAGUGUCCUAAAAAAGCUCUACAAGCCUUACCUUAUCAUUCCAGCAUCCAUGGCAGGUCAAGUCGUGAUCUGUGCCACGUGGCUUGCAUUCGAACCCCCAGAGCCUAAAUGGAAAACAAAGGACAAUUAUCGCCUGAUGUAUUGUGAUGAGAAACUUAAGCCUGCAUUUAUAGCCAUGCUGGUUUACAUUGGUGUCUUAGCUCUCAUUUGCUUUGGUGUAGCUUUCAAAGGGAGAAAAUUGCCUCAAAGUUUCAACGAUGCAAAGUUCAUCACCUUCUCUAUGCUGAUUUACUUCAUUGCUUGGAUUAUCUUCAUACCUGUUUAUGUCAGUUACGAGGAUGUGUACCUUCCAGCAGUCGAAAUGAUUGUCAUCCUCAUCUCAGUUUAUGGCAUCCUGUUUUGCCAGUUUUUUACAAAAUGCUACAUUAUUCUGUUCAAGAAGGAUGCAAACACAGAAGUUGCAUUUCGGCAAGAUAUAAGGAAUUAUUCCAUGGGAAAUGACAAGAAAGACCUUGGACAGUGGUUUGCAUCUUCAGGUGCCAUAAAUGGAAUCAACAACCCUGUAUUUCCUAUGGAGUCACUGUCAACCCCAGGGUCAUCAGAUCCAAUUACUGUGACGAUAUCCAUCAAUCACACUACAAAACCACUCUCUACCUCUCAAGUCUCAAACCCAAUACCCACUGUUCUGCAGAACAACUUUGACCUUAAAAAGAAACAAUUACAGAGAUAUUUAAGCUUGCCAUCAUCAAAAGGAAGUGGUACAUGGUAAUGUGACCUAAUGUUGAAGGACAACAUGUAUACAUGCAUGACCUGAUGACCUGAAGUUUCAACUAGAAGAAUAUUAGUCUAACAAAUUUGAGACAAAGUGAGGAGUCGGACCAUGCAAAGCUCUAAAAUUAGCUCAUUUUUAAAAAUGGAAAUGGUAACCAAAGAAGAGAUGAUAAAACUGGAGUCUGAAGGUGGUAAAUGGCUAUCUUUUUUUUUUGUUAAGAUCAGCAAAAAGUGCAUUACAGUUAUGUGAAUGAGAAGAAAUAAUGGUUGAAAUAGUCUUCAGUUUAGCCGUGGUCACCAACCUUCUUAAUUCCCUUCUUCUUCUUUUCCUUUUGGCUGCUCCCUUCAGGAGUCACCCCAGCAAGUCAUCCGUCUAGCCCUAUCCUCUUCUCUCACACCAACCAACCUCAUGUCCUCCUUCACUGCAUCCAUAUAUCUCCUCUUUGGUCUUACUCUAGGACUCCUGCCUGAUCAUUCCCGCCUCAGCAUCCUUUUCCUAAUUAAUUCACUAACCCUCCUCUGUACAUGUCCAAACCAUCUCAGUCUGGACUCUGACCUUAUCUCCAAAACAUCUAACAUGUACCGUCCCUCUGAUGUAGUCAUUCCUGAUUUUAUCCAUCCUUCUCACUCUCCAAAAGAACCUCAAUGUUUAAUUUCAGCUACCUCUAGUUCUGCCUCCUGUCCCUUCCUCAGCACCACUGUCUUGUGCACCUUUCCUGAUCCUUUUCUCCACCCGUUCCAACCUGCUUCCACACAUUUCUUCACCUCUUCUCACUUUUAGUUGCUUUGGACUGUUGAGUUUAAGUACUUAAAACCUUCCACCUUGUUUAUCAUUUCUUCCUGUAGCAUGAAGCUCCCUCUGGCUUUCUCUGUACUUCUCCAUCAACAUUCUCAAAGCAAAUACUGCAACUGUAGUACUCAUUCUCAAGCCACAUUGCUGCUCACCGAUGCUCACUUCUGUCCUUGGUCUAGCCUCUAUGACUCUUCCCCCACAGCUUCAUUAUAUGGCACAUCAACUUUAUUCCCCUGCAGGUGCCACAAAAAUGCAUGUCUCGCUUGCUCUUAAAGAUCGGCACCAUCACACUUUGCCUCCAUCCUCUGGGAUCCUCUUGCUCUCUAAGAUUUUGUCGAACAACAGAGUCAAAAUCUCUCUCUACCAACUGCCUUUCCACUCUUUAAUGCCCUCCAAACUUCACCUUUACGAAUUGUGCGUCAAGGUCCACAACCUGACCUAUUCUAUUCCUCUUUCAAGAUAACCCCUACUCCAUUCCUCUUUCUAUCAGCACCAUGAUAGAACCACUUAAAUCCUUAUCCGAGGCUCCUGGCCUUACUUCCUUACCAUCUGGUCUCCUGGACAAAGUAUAUCCACCUUCCUCCUCUGAAUCAUAUCAACCAAAUCUUUAGCUUUUCCUGUCAUAGUCCCUACAUUCAAAGUCCCCACUCUAGUACUAACAUCUUGUUCUCUCUCUGCUCAUGAACACGCCUUCCUCUUCUCCUUCUUCGACCCACAGUAACACAAUUUCCAUUAGUACCUUGCAGGUUAGCAGCGAUGGUGGCGGUCAUUGUUAACCUGGGCCUCAACCAAUCCAGUAUGGAAAUCACAUUGUUUAUUUGGCAUAGGUUUUACGUCAGAUGCCUUUCCUGACACAACCCUCUGCAAUUAUCCAGGCUUGGGACUGGUACAAGGAAGACACUGGCUUGUGCCCCCCUUAGGGUGCAUUAGCCUUCUUAAUUGCCUGAUUUAUGGGAUUACACUGUGCAGAUUAGUGGAAUUAUACCAUCAAGGGAAACAAUGACUCUUUGUCUUAGAGUUUAGUUGCAGGUAGUUAUCUGUCAAACAAUUAUUGAUGUUGAAUGAAAGUUUAUGAAAUUUCUAAUCCUUAAAGGGACAGUAUAGCUAAAUAUUGUCAUCAUAGACCUAGAUGUGAUGGGAGAGGUUUCUGAAAUGCCUAAUAAUCUCUUCUGGGUGUAGAACACAGUGAAAAUAGGAUGGGGCCUAAAGCUUGAGUUAUGGUUCUGCGUCAAAACGACUCCGUGCCUACGGCGUGUGCUACGCGUCGACGCAGACCACACGCCGUCACUGACGUGCACCUCCCGAAAAUUGUAACUACGUGUUGAGGCGACGCAGACCACACACAGACCGAGAGCGCUGUGAUUGGUUCGCUUGGGAGCAAAGCAUUUCCAGGUUUCCAGUUUGAAGCAGUCGUGAACUUUCAGCGCUCUUUUCUUCGUGUAUGUGUGAUUUUUUUUGUUUUGGUUUUUUGCACAAUAGUUUUCCUUAUCUCUUUGAUUCACUGUGACCGGAAAAAGUCGGAUAAACCAUUCAGGAAAAGAUCGCGUAUUAGCGGUCACGGGGGGUACUGCACCGCGGUGAAAUGGAGUGACGGAGAAGUCCGAAGGGUUCACGACGGUGUCACGGCGACGGCGUGUGCUCUGCGUUGGUUUAACGCAGAACCAUAAUUCAGGCUUAAGACGGAAGCCUGAAAGGAGCUGAUUUAUACAAACUCUAAAACUUUAGUCAAAAUAAGAUGAAAACCAUUCUAAUACGGUUCCUUAAAUUCCCAUCAUGGAUCUUAUUUAACCGAGUGUUUUGGUCAGCUGCAUCAAAGGCUGAGAUGAGGUCCAGCAGAAUUCAUCGGAGUCUGUGGCCUUCGCAAUAUCAUUAGAGACUCUGAGUAGAGCAGUUUCAUCCAUCCAUUAUCUUUAGCCAUUUAUUCCUGCUUAGGGUCAGAUGAAUCUGCUGGAACCUAUCCUAACUCUUUCUGGGUAAAACGUAGGGGUACAACCUGGACAGAUUGCCAGUCCAUCACAGGGCGUGAUAUAGACAAUCAAUCACACAAAUGACUGCGGGCAAUUAAGGAUCACCGCCUAAACUGAUAUACAUGAUUUUUGGCUUGGAGGAAGCUGUAGUAUCUGGCACAAACCCAUGUAAGGACAGGGAGAACAAACUCUGCAAAGAAACUGGGAAACAGCCUUCUCGCAGUGAGAAAAAAAAUGCUAACUACCAAGCUGCCGCACUUAGCCAUUUCCAUUCCUUAUAUUCUUAAUUUAUCCAUUAUCAUAACUUAUUUUCUAUUUUUGUAUAUGCAUUUAAUAAAAAGCGCACAAUUAUGUUUAUUUAUUUGUUUAUUUAUCCCCCCAGUUGUAAUUUUUUGUACAAUUGUAAUAUUUCCAGGCCAAUUUCCUUGUUUCAUGGAUUAUAUGUUUUUAUUGUAAAUAUAUUGUGAUUUCAAUUGAUUAUCUAUUAGGUGAUAUCUCUUGUUUGAUGUUUUACAGUCUUAAAAAUGAAAGCAAUGAUGAAGCAGUGUCUGCUUCACCAAAUAAAUCGUGUUUCCCUU